ACAUGUUUGUUUACUAAUCUGUUACUUUGUGUAUUCUCUCUUAGAUAAUUAUUAACAUUUAAUGAUUAUAAUACAGUUUUUGUAUUUAAAAACCUACAUAUAAAACUAUGAAAUAAUGUGUUUUAGACAUAAAAUGUUGAUCAAAUUGUUUCAAGUUGCAAACUUGAAAUAUUGUAGAAAUUUGGCAACGGCUAGUGUUCCCGCUAAAAAACAGAUUUUCAAACGUGUUAAACCACAUUGUAAUAUUGGAACCAUUGGUCACGUUGAUCAUGGAAAAACUACAUUAACAGCAGCUAUAACUAAAGUUCUAGCCGAGAAAAAUCUUGCCAAUUAUCGGAAGUAUGAAGAUAUCGACAAUGCUCCACAAGAAAGAGAACGUGGGAUAACCAUCAAUAUUGCGAAUAUUGAAUAUACUACUGAAAAACGACAUUACAGUCAUACUGAUUGUCCUGGACAUGCAGAUUAUAUAAAGAAUAUGAUAACUGGAACAGCAAAAAUGGAUGGAGCCAUACUAGUUAUUGCUGCUACAGAUGGAUCUAUGCCACAGACAAGAGAACAUUUAAUUUUGGCAAAACAGAUAGGCAUAGAUCAUAUAAUUGUGUUCAUCAACAAAGCUGAUGCAGUGGAUUCAGAAACAUUGGAAUUAGUGGAAUUAGAAAUAAGAGAAUUGUUGACAGAGAUAGGUUAUUCUGGAAAUGAUAUUCCUGUAAUUAUUGGAUCAGCUUUAAAUGCUCUUCAGGGAAAGAAUGAAGAAAUUGGCAAGAAAGCAAUUUUCCAACUCCUGGAUAUAGCUGAUCAAUACAUCCCUACUCCAGUUCGUGAUUUAGAUAAACCAUUUUUAUUACCCAUAGAAAAUGUAUAUUCUAUUGAAGGUCGUGGUACAGUUGUGACAGGAAGGUUAGAAAGAGGAAUAAUUAAAAAAGGAAUGGAAUGCGAAAUAAUCGGUUAUAACAAUCAUGUAAAAACUAUAAUAACAGGACUUGAGACAUUUCGUAAAAUUUUGGAGGAAGCGCAAGCAGGUGAUCAAUUAGGAAUUCUCCUGCGUGGAAUAAAGAGAGAUGAAAUAAGACGUGGAAUGGCUUUAUGCAAACCAGGAGCAUUUAAAACUUAUGACAACUGUGAAGCACAGAUAUAUGUUUUAGAGAAAGAUGAAGGUGGUCAGCCCAUUUAUUCUAGAUUUAAACCACAAAUAUUUUCUAAGACAUGGGAUUGUGCUGCUAGUAUAAUACUUAAAGAUAAAACAAUGGUGAUGCCUGGUGAAGAUGCUAAAGUAGAACUACACCUUAUAAAACCAAUGAUAUUGGAGCAAGGACAAAGAUUUACGUUAAGAGGUGGAACUGGCACUCUCGGAACGGGCAUUAUAACCAAAAUUUUAAACAAUUUAACUUCACAACAAAAAAUUGAAUUAGAAACGAGAAAAAACAAAGAGAAAUUGAAAGAAAAAGGGAAGCGAAGAUAAAUAAUAUUUUGUGAGAAUUGUACAGUAAUGGUCAGUGUUGUUCUAAUUAGUGAUUUCCACUGUAAUAUAAAGAACCUUAUCAUUAUAGUUAUUAAUUUUGUAAAAUGAUGACUGUUAAAUUUAGAUAUAUUUGCUUAUUAUUCUCAUAGAAACUAUUGAAGAGGACACACAAAUUUGAAUAACAUUUAAUCAAAACUAUAUUGAAUUGAAAUAUUUUGUUUAUAAUUAAGAUACAGUUUGUUUUCUUAGAUUAAA